UAAUACUAAAUUAUUCUAAAUAUCAGCUGGAUAUAUUCCCAACCCCACAGACAACCGAACCAUGGAUUUUAAAGAGUUAAAUUAAUUCAUGAAGAAAUAUUAUCAUGCAGGAUUCUGAUUUUUAUAAAGAAUAUCAACUAAUUCAGAAUAAAAUUAAAAAGAGAUUUUUAAAAAAGCCUAAAAUUCUAGAAGCAUCCCAUGAAUUUGAACAAUUGGCAAAAAAAUUGGAUGAGGAAAAAAUAUAUGAUUAUUCUGCUUACACCUAUUUAGCAAAAGCAAGAUGUGAAAAUUUAAUGGGUAAUGUCCCAAGUAAUGAAGUUCAAUCAUUGAUAAUGUCUGGUCGCCAAUAUAUUAAAGAAUUAGAGCAUCAAGUUGAUGGGGGAAAAAUAUUGAACCAAGAUGAGAUCAUUGCAUCAUCCAUUAACUCAUAUUCGCAUGCCAUAAAAAUUUUGGUAGAUCAAAAGAAUUUUGUGACUGCUGGCAAUGUUUGUUUAGAAAUUGGAGAUAUAUUAAUGCGUUUUGGUAAAUACUCGGAAUCUUGGAUCUAUUAUCUAAAAGCCGCCGAAUAUCUAGCUAACAUACCUUACUUGUUUAUACUAUCGUUACAAUGUAUGACAAGCUGUAAACUUAAAGAAUACGAGUACGGCAACGCAUUCACAGUUAUUGAUGACUUGAUUGAAUUUUGCGAAGAUUAUAUAAGGGAUUAUGACCCUGGCAAAAUAUCUCACAUUAAUUUCUUGAUAAAACAGUGUUGCAUAACACGUAUUUUAUUGCUCAUGAUCAUACAGCCAUCAACAAAAAACUCCAAACAAAUUUCUAUCUUAGAAGAUGUCUAUUCUUCUGAAAAUGCCUUUUCUGGUCAUGAAAUGCCUGAAACUUUUAGCAUAAUUUUUAAAUCAUUCGUGAUUGCUUGGGAUGAAAAAGAUUUGCAAUCAUUGAAUAUGAGUCAUAAUGACUUGUCAAAUUUCUUAGAUCUUGAACAACAGACAUUGGCUGAUCGAAUUAUAGAUAUUGGUUUUCACCAGAAUACAUAA